AUGUUCCUCUCCAAYGUGACAGUCUUCAUGCCCUCUGUCUUGACACUAAUUGGGAUCCCAGGCCUAGAGUCUGUGCAGAGCUGGAUUGGGAUACCAUUCUGUGCCAUGUAUAUCCUGGCCAUGAUUGGAAAUUCUUUGCUUCUGUUUAUCAUCAAAUCAGAGCCCAGCCUCCAUGAGCCCAUGUACAUUUUUAUAGGCAUGCUAGGAGUCACAGAUAUUGUACUUGCCAGCAGCAUUAUGCCCAAGAUGCUUGGAAUCUUCUGGUUUCAUGCUCAAGAAAUCUAUUUUGACUCCUGCUUGCUUCAAAUGUGGCUCAUCCAUACAUUUGAGUGUAUAGAGUCAGGCAUCCUGCUAGCCAUGGCCCUGGACCGRUAUGUGGCCAUCUGUUAUCCACUGAGACAUACCACCAUCUUUACUCACAAGCUGGUUGCUCAACUAGGAACUGUUGUAGUACUCAGGGCUGCCAUUCUUGUAGCCCCAAGCCUAGUAUUGAUAAAGUAUCGAUUUCAAUUUUAUCACACGACAGUCAUCUCCCACACCUACUGUGAGCAUAUGGCCAUUGUGAAACUAGCUGCAGGAAACAUCAAGAUCAACAAAAUCUAUGGUUUGUUUGUGGCCUUUACUGUUUCAGGGUUUGACCUCACAUUCAUCACUUUUUCCUACAGCCAGAUAUUUGUCACAGUUUUUCAUUUGCCCCAGAAGGAGGCUAGGUYGAAGGCCUUCAAUACCUGCAUAGCUCACAUCUGUGUCUUUCUCCAGCUGUACUUCCUGGCCUUUUUCUCUUUCUUCACACAUAGGUUUGGUUCUCACAUCCCCCCUUAUAUCCAUAUUCUCUUUUCUAGCAUGUACCUGCURGUYCCUCCAUUUCUAAACCCACUGGUCUAUGGUGUAAAGACCAAGCAGAUCCGUGUUAGUGUGGUAAAAAUGUGCUGUCCAUAA